AUUGGGUCUGAAAUACUAAGCUGUUUGUUGAGUACGCCAUUUUCCCAAACAGCAACCAAAUAGACUGAGAGAGAGAGUUACCACAAGAGAGGCAGACAGAGAUGGCGCUGAGAGCAGCCCUACUGCGGCACGUGCGAAUUCCGGUACAAACCCUAAACCCAGCCCUAACCCUAACCGGGGGAAAAUGGGGCCCACCUUCUCUCCGGUGGAUGUCAUCGCACGACGAUCAUCUCACCAAAUCCGAGGUCACCGAGAGAGUCCUCUCUGUUGUCAAGAGCUUCCCCAAAGUCGAUCCUUCCACGGUAUGCCUUUUCCUACCUCUACCUUCUGUUUCUUUCCCAGGAAAUGUAAAACAUUAUAUCAGAAUCUCAAUCCUUGUUUUGAUUUUUCCAUCGUUUUUACCAUUUUGUUCUUUG